AUGCAACUUUUUUGGAAAGACACCAGGAGCAACUCACCGGGAAACAGCGAGACAAGUAACGGCUCGAAACCCCUUCUCGGCCCCCGCGGGGAAAUGUACCAAGGGUUCCCCGGCGACCCUGACAGCGGAUCCCGUGGAAGCUCCUCCCCAUCCAUAGAGUCCCAAUACCUUUCCUCCGUGGACUCCUUCGGAAGCCCGCCGACCACCAACGCUCCGCAGGAGUGUGCGUCAGCUCCAGCUGGCUUGAGUAUUGUGGGCAGCGGGCUCGGAUCCAGCAGCGGAGGGGAGAUGCCUGGCUCAUUCGUGCCGACAGUCACUGCUAUCACUACCAGCCAGGACCUGCAGUGGAUGGUCCAGCCGACCCUCAUCUCGUCCCAGGCCUCGGGGCAGAGCGGCACCACCGGCACCUCCACCAUGACCAGAGUAUCGCUGGUUGAUCCCUACGAUAUGCCAGGACCGAGUUACUCCACCGGUUCCGCGUUCACUCCUCCGAGUUCGGACACUCCCGGCCCAGCACCGGGCCCCAUCCGCCAGUCCAGAACCCGUAGCCGUCGCACUCGAGAAGAGUCUGUGAGUGAAGAUGGAGAUGUUGGUGUGUUACUGACUCCUGAAGAGGAAGAGAAACGACGUGUCCGUCGGGAGAGGAACAAACUGGCUGCUGCGAAGUGCAGAAACCGGCGACGUGAACUCACAGACAGACUGCAGUCGGAGACAGACGUCCUCGAGGAGGAGAAAGCCGAGCUGGAGGCGGAGAUCUCUGAGCUGCAGAAGGAGAAGGAGCGCCUGGAAUUUGUCUUGGUGGCCCACCAGCCCAAUUGCAAAAUCAUGUACCAGGAGCAGCCUCAACCAAGCUCAAUGCAGCUCCCUGCUCAGACCUUACAAGCAUCCACUUCCAUUGUGGACUUGGCAGUGAAGGAAGACUCUUUCUAUCUGCCUCCUGCCUACACGGGCCACCCAUCCUCCACACAGUCACAGAUUCCGCCUCAGCAGCAGCAGCAGCACCAGCAGCAGCCGCAGCAGCAGCAACAGCAGCAACAAGUGCAGCAGCCUCAGCCAGGAAUGAUACAGGAGGUAGAGUUUUCUCGUUCUUUCUAUGGCCCGAGUGAGGCAACGGCGCCUGGCGGGCCAUGCUUCAUGGCCGGCGACGGUGGUGGUGGUGGUGGUAACCAUGACGAUGUGGGCAUUGCCAGCCACAGCACUUCAUACACAUCUUCAUUUGUGUUCACCUACCCAGAGGGAGCCUGCGGGGUCAGUGCCAACCAUCGGAACAGCAGUAGCGAGCAGUCAUCCGAUUCCUUGAACUCGCCUUCCCUGCUGGCGCUCUGA